GUCGUGCACUGCUGGUCCUCCUCUUGUCUGCAACGGUCUCUCUCCUGGGUGGGCUGAUAUUUGGAUACGAGCUGGGGAUUAUCUCCGGUGCACUGCUGCAGUUGCAGAUAGACUUUCACCUCAGCUGCUUCAAGCAAGAAGUUCUCGUGAGCGCCCUCCUUAUCGGAGCUCUCCUCGCCUCUCUGGUUGGGGGGAUCCUCAUUGACCGCCAUGGACGGAGGAGAGCAAUCUUGGUCAGCAACUUGGUCCUGUUGGUUGGCAGCCUUAUUCUCACGUUGGCGAGGUCAUUUAUUGGGCUGGUCAUUGGGCGCAUGACCGUGGGCUUUGCCAUCUCUGUCUCAUCCAUGGCCUGCUGCAUAUAUGUCUCAGAAAUGGUGGCUGCCCAUCAGCGAGGGCUGUUGGUGUCUCUCUAUGAAGCGGGCAUCACAGUAGGCAUCCUCCUGUCCUAUGCGCUGAAUUACAUCUUUGCGGACGUGGGUGAGGGAUGGAGGUACAUGUUUGGACUGGCCAUUGCCCCGACAGCCAUGCAGUUCCUCAGCAUCCUCUUUCUCCCAGUGAACCCCGUUAGAUUAAGCUUGUGGGACUCAGACAGCCAGAAGGGCCUCAUUCAGUUGCAGAACAGUGAGGACAGAGCAGCAGCAAAGCGGGAGCCCUAUAAGGAGAAGCAUUACUCGUUUCUUGACCUUUUCAGGACCAGAGACAACAUGAGAAGGCGGACUCUGGUGGGCCUGGGACUGGUGCUCUUCCAGCAGUUCACUGGGCAGCCCAAUGUGCUGGGCUACGCUUCCAAAAUCUUCCAUUCAGUGGGGUUCCAGAGCAACUCCUCGGCGAUCCUGGCCUCCGUUGGGCUGGGGGCAAUAAAGGUGGUGGCCACGCUUGUCGCGAUGGCCUUUGCAGACAAGGCUGGCCGAAGAGGGCUCCUCGUGGCUGGCUGCGUGGUGAUGGCCAUUUCUGUCACCACCAUCGGCCUCACCAGCCGCAUUGCUCCGCUGGCCAUGGCCAGGGACUGCAAGGCAGCCGCAGACCCCAAUUCGUCCCACGGCCUCACCCAGCACCCCCUGACACCCGUGUCACCCAUCCCACCAGCAUCAGGUGCUGUCAAAAGUCAGGCAGGCCCUGGUUUUCCUGCCAUGAGGAGCCUUACAAAAGUUUUUGCCAGUACUCAAAGCAGAGAGGUUGUUCCUGAUUCUUCCCUCACUCAGAAAAGGGGCUUGGUAGGUCUGUCCAAAAAAGAGACAGCGGAAAGCACAAGCCCUCCUUUCGGUGGUGCUCCCUGGGCAGAACAUAGGGUUUUAAAUUGGAUUACGCUGCUGAGCAUGAUGGCUUUCGUAAGCGCCUUCUCAAUUGGAUUUGGACCAAUGACCUGGCUGGUCCUCAGUGAGAUCUACCCUGCUGGGAUAAGAGGAAGAGCCUUUGCCUUCUGUAACAGCUUUAACUGGGCCGCUAAUUUACUGAUCAGCCUCUCCUUCCUGGACCUUAUUGAUGCCAUUGGUUUCUCUUGGAUGUUUCUUCUCUAUGGACUGAUGGGCGUGAUGGCUGUUGUAUUCAUUUACCUCUUCGUUCCGGAAACGAAAGGACAGUCCUUAGAGGAGAUAGACCAGCAGUUCUCCAGGAAACGGGUGUGGGAAGGAAACGUGUUUAAGCAGAGACGUGGAAGAGGAGCAAGCUGCACACACGCCCAGUACCAGAGAGUGGAGCACGCCAGCGGCACGUGA